AUGGACCUACUGAGUAAGCGCGAAGACGCGCCACAAGCAGCAGAACUCCCGGAUGGAUCAAAUGCCCAUAGGAGAUGGCUAGAGAGCGAGUCCAGACUGAGAACCGGUCUCAUGAUAUGGAUUCUCGAUGUUAUUGUAUUCCUGGAGAGAGGACAAGAUGUACUACUUAAGCUAGGCGAUGCAAAAGGCCAGAUGCCGUGCCUUGAUUCUGCCUGGGACCAACCUACUGCUAAGAAACUAGGGCAGCAGCAGUCUAAACCAGGCUCACACGUCGAGAACCCUCCAGUGACUACACCUGAGGCCAUGGAAAUGCUUUACAUGGAGAAGAGACUGCCGCCGAACCUGGGUGACUUCAGCACCAUGGUGCUCACGUACGCAAUCAUCAGGCGGACUAAGGAGGCGAUAUACCACAAUCAGAUCAGGCUCAACUCGUGGACGCCCACAGCCGAUGUUCAGAAGUGCGGUCCCGGUGAUACCGUCGAGGAGACUUGGCCCCCUUCACUGCCUAUCCUAUCAAGAUGGCGGAACAGCGCCUGCGACUCUCUCGACCUCCUCCACUGGAACGCUAACGCGAUCAUCGCCAAAGCCGGUGGAUGGGAGCAUCCCGUCAUCUUACAUCUCCACCUCUCUCGCCUCGUCCUUCUCGCUCCAAUAAUACACCUACAGACUCUCGCCGCUGCCGCCUCAGCGCGAGCAUCCUCCCGCAACGUCGAUAACUCCAAAGUUGAAAAAGCAAGAUCUCUCGUUGCACAGUGGGCUCUACGCGAUCAGUACAAGGCCAGACUGUCGGUUGUCCAUGCCGGCGCAAUGCUUUGGCACAUCCGUCGCUACAGUGUUGGCAACUUUCUUGAGCCUUUUGGUAUCUUCGCAGCGACAUUGGUGGUCUGGGCGUACAGUACGAUGAUGCUGUUCAUGAGGCGGCACCAGAACCCGAGCUCUCACUUGGCUAGUGACGGCCCUGGACAGCAAGAUAGCCCGAUGGAGGCAGUGGCGGAAGUUGAAGAGGACCCGGAGCCCAGCUUCCUCCACCUCGACCGGCCAUGUGACGAUGAGAUGGUGCAGACUUAUGUCAGGCUAGGCCACAAGAUGGCGGGCCACAUGGCCAAGGUAGGUGAUAUCUGCAAUGACGGGGCCCCUCGGAAGAUUCUCAAGGAAGGGAUGCAGAUGCUGAAGGGAAGACCGGAGCAGAACGGAGACGCAGCAAGUAGCGUCGGGAGCGGAGGGACAAGCGAGAAUGGCAGGGGGCACUCGGUCUGGGGAGUGGAACGAACAUACGCUGAUCUCCUGGACUCGCUCAUUCAGUCCACCUCGGACUAG